AUGACGUCCCAAAUCAAAUGGGCUCUUUUGGUCGUGGUCACGUAUCUCAUAUACGCAUGGACUUAUGUUUGUCCACCGACGCAUCAAACCGCAGAUUUCAACAAGUUAUCACCUGUGAAUUGUCAUUUUUGCAAAUUGAGUGAUACGGUAUUGAGACCAUAUGUGCAGCCUAUUUAUGAGGUGAAUAUAAGACCUCAAUUAGUUGAGCUUGACGAGAAAUUGGACUUGAGCCAUAAAUUGGACAUCAUCAGACCAUUAUUUGAAUCAAAGUACGGAAUUAAUGCAGGGUUGCAAAGGAUAUACAGUGCUUUGAAUACAAGUAUCACCAAGUUUGAAUUGUUUGUGGAUAAAUAUUUCAAUAUAUUGGCCAAGGUGUGCUUUCUGAAGAUGAGUGUAUGGUUCAAAGUAAUUGCUUCAAAUGCUAGCAAUUUCUCGCAUGCAACUUCGAAACGAGUGGGAUAUAUCGUAUCAUUGGCGAAAAGUGUCCCAUACAUAGACCGGUUUUGCAACAAAAUUGAAGAGAUUUAUGACAAGUUGGUUCAAUCAUCUCAGGCAGUUAAACUUCAGGAAAAGACCACGUUUCUUAAAAGUGAAUUCAAAAGUUUGGUAAAGUUUGACGAGUUUUACCCUCGAGAAUUCAAAUCUAGUUUGAUCAAUGUUGUCAAGGAAAUGUUGGGCCAAAAAUUUACUCUGGAGGAAGCUGGUUGGGAAAAGGGAGAAGAUGAUGCUGAUGUAGAAACGGUUCUUAUCGUAUCAACGAUAUCCGUAUUUGAAAAUGGUGCAUUGGUUACCGAUGAUAUUGACCCUUUGUCAAGGGAAAUAUUUGACGAAAUACAAAUUUGGGAAAAGAAGGUUGAGAAAACAAUAGAAUUGGCCAAAGGGAAUCUUGAAAAAGAAAUGGCUCCAAAGUUGAAGGAGAUUAUUGAGCAUUUAAAGCCCCGAAUUAGUCAAGAUUUUCAAGAUUUGCAAAGAACAAAUCAUUUGCAGUAUAAAGACUUGAAUCGGAAAAUUGUUCAGAUUGAAAAAGAUGUGGAAAAAACCAGGGCUAGUAAUGAUUCUUGUAUUGAAACUAUUACUCGUCAAGAGAUUCGAGAUGAUAUAGCUGCAAGCUAUGAAAGCGCUCAAAAUUGUUCAAUUGAUGUUCAACGAAUUCUAACCAUCAAGAACGAGGAUAUAUUGAAUGAGUAUUUCAAGUGUGUUCAAGAUACAAUUGACAUUUUGGAAACAUUUGGUGAACUGAUGAUAAAUGAAUUUUCCCUGAAACUAACCCAAUUGACUUUGAAUUUUGAUCUGGACAAAGAGGAGCUCGAAUGGAAGGUGUGGAAAAAAUUUCAUGAAAUUAAAGAGUCGUUAUUUGACUUUCGAGAUUCGAUACUUGACAAGGCAUAUCAGUACAAGAAUAACGGUGCGCAGACGCUGACAAAAGUAAAAUUAUCAGAGAUUAUUGGAUUGGGCCCCUGGAAUGAGUAUUUAAGGAGCAUUGAAUAUCAUUUGAACUUUCUUUUACAAGACAAUGGCGAUUACCUUCGAUUGAUGAGAGCUAAAGCCAAUUUAGCUUUUCAAGAAAGGGAAGGGUUACCUCAGUGUAUCAAUUAA